GUGAGCAAGCAGUCGAUUGCCGCAAGGGGAAAUUAAACAUUUGACUUUGGCGCUUGACUACGCAAGCAAAUGGUUAAAACCAAAACAAGUGAGAUAAUUUAAUUCCCGGAGUACCGGCAUCAGUUACAGUCAGCCAGUGCUGCUGUUCACAUUCUCUACUAAUCUACCUGUUCCAAUUUUUUUUAAUGUACUCGACGAAUUUUUUACUACGAUUUGUUUUUUACUCAUAAACAUGAAAAGAGGCAGAUUAUUGGUGGAAAUAUGUCUCGGGUUGUUGUGUGUGAUGCAGCAUUCAGUGAUCAAUGCACGAAAACCCGUAGAAGAUGGUACAUGCCCGACCUUCAACUCAAUGAGUACAUUGACACAAACGGAAUUGCUUCAGGAAUUGACAAACGAUUGCCGCUACGACAAAAUGGUCAGGCCACCGGGUGAGAUCAAUGCGAGUGACCCGAUUCAUGUCGUGUGCAGGGCCAACAUAUACACCAUAAAGUCUAAUAUGGCUAAGACCCUCCAAUUCGACGUGCACAUGAUGCUUCAAUUCCGCUACCGAGAUCCGAGGUUGAAAUUCUCGGACGUAGCGCCCCAUUUCACCCAAAUUUACGGCGGAAGAACUACCCACGAUCUCAUCUGGACACCAACGGUCUACGUCGCUAAUGAAAGGAGCUCCGCAAUUAUGGGCAACGGUGUUAAGGAUUUGCUCGUGUCUAUCGAUCCCACUGGCAUGGUUAUUUUAAAUACCAGGCUUGAAGUUACUCUGAAUUGCGGAUUGAGACUUGAAAAAUUUCCGUUCGAUGUUCAGGAGUGUCCACUGGUGUUCGAAAGCUGGACUAACAGUGUUCAAGAAAUGAAACUGGACUGGGACGAGUCGCCACUGGUAGUUGCAGACGAACUACAUUUAACCGAAUAUCGACUGGUCGAGAAAUGGGUCAAUGGGACUGAGGUAUCGUACACAGCUGCGCAACAGCAUUACGGUCAUUUCGCCGGCAAUUUCAGCUCCAUAAGCAUCACCUUCAAGCUCGCCCGUGAAAUGGGCUUUUUUGUUAUGGAUUACUACAUCCCCUCGAUAUUGAUUGUCGUGAUUUCGUGGGUGUCAUUCUGGCUACACAUGGACGCCAGCCCUCCACGAAUUGUUCUCGGAACGAAUACAAUUUUAGCAUUCAUGACACUGGCAUCUAAAGUGGAGAAUUCAUUGCCCAAAGUUUCCUACAUCAAGGCCAGUGAAAUCUGGUUCCUGGGGUGCACUAUUUUCCUUUUUGCUGCUAUGGUCGAAUUUGCAUUCGUCAAUACCAUCUACAGGCGAAAGAAAAAUGUGCCAUUGAAGAAAGUAAACAGCAAAUACAUUCUGAAAUCAACAUUGACGCCUCAUCUGGCUCGCAAACAAUUCCAGAAAAAUGCGACGAAUCUCGAGCGAUCGCGCUCCUGGUCCUCUCUGGACAAACCCGCCAGCGAGCCCGAUUACAGUAGUCAGAAUUACCUCACUGUUCAUAGUUUUCCAAGUACGAUAAACAUCCCCUCAGUGAGGAUAGACGACGAGGAGAAGCCUCAGGAGCUGUCGAGCAGCGUGAUGACGAUUGACAGUGUCGCUACACCUUCACCAGGAAAUGGCCCAGUGCGGCGACCGACUCUAGCUAAACUCCACAACUUCACGACAAUGACUCCACAGGAAAUCGCCCAGUGGAUCGACAAGAGGAGCAGAAUUAUGGUAAUGUUGGAUGACCUGGAGGUAGAUAAGCUCAAGCGAAGUUCCCCGCGCCAGUAUCUGUACGAUGUGGUCCUCGGGGAAGGCUCCACACAGGCGGACGUCUACGAGGGCACGACAAAACCCCUGGUCCAGGACAUCAUCGACGGUUUCAAUGCCACAGUCUUCGCGUAUGGGGCUACUGGUGCUGGCAAAACCCACACGAUGGUGGGGAGUUCCGCGGAGCCUGGGGUCAUGGUCCGAGCGCUCAAUGACAUCUUCCUGGCUAGUCGACAAGCCCCGGAUAACGUCGAUGUUCAAGUAACAAUGUCAUAUCUCGAAAUAUACAACGAGAACAUACGCGACCUGUUGAAUCCCAGUACCGGUUACUUGGAGUUGCGUGACGAGUCUAGGGGUCGUAAUGUUCAGGUCGCGGGUCUCACGGAGAUAUCAACGAAUUCCACGGAGGAAGUGAUGAAGUUGUUGCACCGGGGGAACACCGCGAGAACCGUCGAGCCGACGGCGGCCAACGAGACGUCAUCGAGGAGUCACGCAUUACUCAGUGUUUUGGUCAAGCAAACGACCAAACCCAAGUCAGGGAGGGAGAUUGGACACCGGACGAGGGUCAAACAGGGAAAACUCUUUAUGAUUGAUCUCGCCGGGUCGGAAAGGGCUAAGCAAACGAAAAACCAAGGAAAACGACUGCAAGAAGGUGGCCACAUAAACAGAUCCCUCCUGGCCCUGGGGAACUGCAUCACAGCGCUCUCCUGCGGUGCAAGAUACGUAAACUACCGAGACUCGAAGCUGACUCGUCUCCUGAAAGACGCCCUGGGAGGAAACAGUCGGACGGUUAUGAUUGCUCACGUCUCCCCCGUCGCCGCCCACCGGGACGAGAGCAAGAACACCCUCAUGUACGCCGAUCGAGCCAACAGAAUCACGAACAAAGUCGAGAGGAACAUUGUCGAUGUUAAUUACCACGUGUCUCAGUACCGGGACAUCAUAAGUGAUCUGAAGAACGAGAUCUCCAGGCUCAGGACGAAAAUGCAUGACUCGGAUCGACCGCGAUCCAACAUCGACGAGCCGAUUACAGAAGUUCAGUCCAACGAUUUGAGAAGAUUGAGAGAGAAAAUUGUUUCUGUCUUCAAGGAGCAGAUGAGAUUGAGACGUAAAUUGAUGGAACUGGAUAGCCACCUACUGGGUUUGAAUAUCGCGGGCGAGCAGCAGCACGCAAUAAUCGCCCACUGGGAAUCCCGGAACAAUAAACUCUACAGAGCGAGUAAAGACUCAACGAGAAGACGAUCUAGUGCAGACAGUCAAGUCGAGGAGGUCGACAAUGAAGACUCAACCGAAGAAGCCGAGAUAGACGACCUAACCGUCCAACAAGCCUGGAACGAGCUAUCAGAAAUCAACAAAGAGCAAGAGCGAUACUCAGAGCUGCGAGCCUUGACAGAGCGAGAGUUGGAAGCCUGCAGGCAGCGAAGUGCAAAUCUAGAGGACGAGCUGCCCUCCCAAAUAAAUUCAGACCAGGAGCGAGAGCUGUUAGCGCUGAUGCUCCGAGUGCAUGAGUUGGAAGCCGACAAGAUGAUGCUGCAGAGUGAGAGGCUGGUGAAACAGCACGAAUUGAGAAGAAGAGAAUUAUUGCUGUUGAGGUACGACAGACAGAGGCAGAUAUCGGACGAGAUAAUCACGAGACAGCGGAGGAUCAUGGAGGACGGCAAACUCGAGCUGCCGACAGAUCUCCAGGGGCUCUACGUCAUGUAUCAACAGGAGAUUCACGCAGCUGCCUACAACGACAGCAAUCUCGUGGAUUUGUCUGUCUCGUCGAUGCUCUUCAAUAACCGAUUACCUCCGAUUUCACGGAAUGUCGAGGUCUUGGACGACAGCAGGAUGGCCAGUAGCUCGACGGACUCUGAUUGGGAGUCACCACUACCGCCGAUUCCAGAACCCAGGGAAAUCGAGAGCGUCAUGGGACCCAUUGUUAGACCUCUCGAUUCACCGUCUCUGUUCAAAUUUCCGCCGAUCUCUUCGGCCGCGGCGAGAACAAGGGACAAUAAAUUACGAAGAGUAGCGAGUGACAACAAUGUGAGUUUGAUAAAACCUUCGCGCGGAGGCAGAUCCCGAGACACUGGAAAACUAGAUUCCCGGAAAUGACCCGGAUGAAGGAUAAAAUAACUUUACGGAUAAGAUAAACUACACGUACCUGAAGACCAGCAGGCCCAUUUAGGAAGAGUCUGAGUGCCUCUGACGACGUCUCUGUCUAGCUAUGGAGUCAGUGGUGAUGGAAUUCCUCUCCCUAUUGGAUUUAUUGAGGGCAUCGAUCAUUGUCUCGACGACUUUGUACUGCAUCUCGCCCGAUCUCUUG